UGAAGAAGCUUCCCCUCAGAGAGGAACCUCAAUGCCUAGAACAUAAUCCACUCUCUGCCGGAGAAAGUCGUGUUUAAACGGCUGGACUGCGCCGCUUGCAGGACCCUCGAACGCGCAGUGUCCCGUCAGUGUGUGACCAUAGAUCAAAUGUCUCCCGCUAGUUGGCCGCGAUAUCCUUACGAGAAAAGCCACAAGUUUGCUUUCACUUCAACCUCUUCCAGAUCGCUUCUGGAAGUGAAAAGAGCGCCUUUCACUCGCUAGCAGAGAACGGACGGGUCCACUGCUUUGACGCGCGAACCUAGGAACGCCGGAAAGCAGAGCUCCAUCUCAAUCUUGAACUUCCCGACCCAUACCACUUCCAAAAGAGUCGGGAAAUGUAGAGACCGGUGUGUCUGUCCUUUUGAACGGAACGAAUCUCUGAACACCGUUUUUUCGCGUUCCGUCUUGACUGGACUGUCGUUCGAAAUGGCGCAUACGCUCCGUCUCGUCACCAUCCGACAGACGCGACCCGCCGUCACAUCGCGUUUUUUCGACUAAACAGGGUGCAUUUCCCCAGAUUUUUGGAGUAGAACUGGAGGGUCGUUUCUUCCCAAUAACCAUCCGGUGCAUCUCUCGGGUCUCUGUGCGGAACAAUGGGCUGUUUUGGCGGCAGCCUUCCCGACUGAAGUCACGCCGAGCAGAGACCGCGCCUUCGGGGUACGUGUACAGCGGCUUCACGGGAGGAAAAAGGCAAAAGUUAAACGAAUGGCCUAGCACUCUAUAAAAUGAUAACAAGGAUGAAAACUGUGGGAGAAUCUGGAGGGCGCUUUUCCGACGGGCUGGCGACGGCAGCUGUGUAGGUUGUCAGAAAGUCAACACGAUGAGAAAGCAAGGGUGUAGACGAACAUGGCAAAUCCCUUUCAAGGGAGCAUGGAUGGCAUGCGUGUGUCCGUGCUGUCUCUCCUACUUUCAUGUUUUCUCUUCGUCCCCGUCAAGGACGCUUCCACCUUUCGAAAGACCAGCGGGCGGCUGCCGAAGGCGCCCUUCCGUCUCGGAGGCAGCGUGUCGCCAUGCUCCUGUUCACCCUUUAAAAACGAGACUUGUGCUGUCUUCUGUGUUGUUUGCCGUGCUCUGCUUCUUCCUCCUCUCGCUUGUCGUCUUGCCUUUCGCGGUCAGUUCGCUUAGAGUCACCGGCCGCCGCAGUGUCUGUUCACUAGACGGCCUCCCGCGCAUCCGCUCGCGACCUCCGGCGCCGGCGAGGACGCAUGCUCACUCCCGGGGGUCUCUCUCUUCUUUUCGCUCUUUUUCGGAGGGAAGGAGACAGCGAGACAGGGAAGACAGACACGAGAAGUCCGCCCAGUGUCCAGACCGAGAGAGAAGGCGAAAGUCUGGAGAAUCAUCCCAAGCCCCACAGCCUUCGGCAUGCGCGCGAAUCGAAGGAAAGUCUUCUUCCACGUUCAACUGCGAGACUGCUGGCGCGGCUGGCUUCUUUUUCUGGUGGGGCCGCGAGUGGGCUGAACAGCAACCUGAGCGAGGCUCUUCGCUUUGGGUUUGGCCUCUCUCUCUUUGGCCGUCUUCUCGUUUCAGACGCAAUCGCUUCUUCUCCUUUUCUUCUUGCGUGCACUUGGGAGCUCCUCUCUUUCUUCUGCCUCAGCUCGAGUUGCUCUCCUCCGGCUCUUCUGAGUUCCAAGGAGUUCUCCCUUUUCGCUCUCGUUCUUCAUCCUCAGCACCCGUUUCUGCAAACCUCGCCUCCUCUCUGCCUCCCAGGCCGUGUUCUCCAGGUUCCCUCUGUUCCUCUUCCCCCCCCUUCCACGGUCUUCGCCUGCAUUCCUCUCUCUCCCGACUUACGACCUCUUCCGCCCCUCCCUGUCCUUCUCUCCCUUCUGCAUCUUCGGGCUCACCUGCGCCUCCUUCUCUUCGAUCUUCUCCGUCGUUCAUUUCCUUGUCCGCGGGGGAGCGAGCGCAGCGUCUGUCUCCGGCGUCUCCUUCUCGGUUGUGGGGUGCAGGCAAAGGCCGAGCUCAGCAAAAGAAAGGCCCGACGCGAGCAGGGCCGAGCCAAGCCACGAAGAAUGCGGCUCUGAAGAAGAAGGGGGAUAAACUCGGGAAGACUGGAGACAAGGAGAAAGACAAGAAAGACAAGGAGAAAGACAAGAAAGACAAGAAGGACAAGAAGGAAGAGAGAAGGCGGCCGCGGAGACAGACCGACAAGGCACUCACAGAAGAAGACAUGUUCAGCGAGCUAACCAAGGAAGACCUUGCUACGAGAGAUCUUCCUCACGGACUUAUUCCACCUCUCCACUGGGAGCUCUACAAGAUGUUCGGCAGAAUCGGCGACCCGCGGUGGCCAUACACUGCAGAGCCUGCAACGUGUAAAAUUUUCAUAGAGCGCCUUUUCAAGGGCUACGGCCUACGUCCAAGCAUCAACGAGGACGAGUUUCGCAGGCGGCUGGAACGCGAGUGGAAUUUCCUCGCGCCCACAGGUUCUUGCUCCGAGUUUCUUCACUUUGACGACUUGUGUCGGAAAGCUUGGCUUCUCGUUCGCGAUUUGAAGAUCCGCGAGGAAGAGGAGGAAAAACGUCGCCGCCGCGCUCUCGAGACGGGGACACAGCUUGAGAAUCCUCGGCUGCGCAAAUUUUCUCUCCUUCCCGACGAAGACAUUCCGCGCCUGACGCUGCACCGAAGAGUAAACAAAGAAAUCAAUCAACAGGGUGUCCAUCCUGCCGUGCUGGAUGUCCUUUGGGACUUCUUCUCCGAAGGGAAGCCAGAGCUGACGCGAGCACAAGCGUCUGCGCGGUUCGAAGUCCUCGUGGGAGGCUUGCCUCCUGAGGCGUCCAGCGAGGACGGCGAAUCUGAAGAGAGCAAGACCGCUGGCGAGGAGGAGAACGAGAGGGAAGCCGCGCGCGACGAGUUAGACGAGUACCUGGAAGUGAUGAUUCGCAAGCGGAAGGAGAAAGAGAGACGACGGCUGCUGCCGCCUCUCACUGCUGAGCGUUUUCUGGAAGUUUUCCAAGACAAAGUCGAGGCUGCGAUGGAAGCGUACAAUGAAGAAGCGUACUGGGCCUACCACCGCCAGGUGCUAGCUUCCCGGAGAGCUCUCUCUGAGGCCUUCGCACAAAAUGCAGCGUUCAGACAGCAGAGACGGCGUUUCUGUCGGGCGUCGAACAUGCUGUUCAGCGACAUCUGGCGCUCGAUGUUGCAUGCAAGAAAUCGCGACCAAGUUGCAGAACUGUCGAGACCGACAGCCGACUCGAGUGUCUGGACGCUGUCUACGGACGAGCCAGCUGCGAAAGCGGAUCCUUUGCCUGCUUUCGCCGAAAACAUCAAGAAAGCCGUGAAGGAAAUGCACACAUGGAGAACGGCUUUCCGCUGACGACGCAGCCUCUGGGGACCCCUACUCGCUGCGUUGUGUGGAAAGCAGCGACAGCAUCUGUGGUCUCCAUUCAGUCUCCGCUUUUCGCUCUUCCCUCCGAAACCGGCCUUUUCUGGUUUCGCCGUCGUUCCCUCUCUUUGGGCCGUGAGCUCGCGUCUGGGCAUGCGCAGCGAGUCUUUGCCGCAUCUGUUUACGUCUGCCGAACUGGUGAUAUUCUUCCAGCUAAGGCGCGUCUACGGCAGCGGUCGCAGCUUCUCUUCGAAGCGCCUACGCAUGGCCCAGGAGAAGCACCUACCCGUCUCGCAUGCAGUCAGGAGACAGCUGUCUCCUUUUCCAGGGUGGCGAAACAGAUAAAUGAUUUCUGCGAAAUGCCUGAAACACAUUUUGACGUAUGCUUUUCUCAUGAG